AUGGGCCCUGCGGAUAAAACGCCCCGCGCCGGCAAACAAGCAACGCUCUACAAUGUUUGUGGCAAGUCGUAUCAAGCAAGACGCGUUGCCGGCUCACAGGGCGACAAGGUGCAGAGUGGCUCGCGAUACAGCAUUACAAAGACCUUGCGUGUAGUUGGAGCAGAAUCGGGCACAUCGGUUCUGCUUUCAUACUGGUCUGCAUAA